UUACAGGAAAUUUACUAAUUAUUCUUCGUUGUAAUUGGAAUCUUUGAAAAUUUGGUGUAAUAAUUCUUUAAUGCUACAUUGAAGAAUUAUUGAAGGAAUUUUGAAAAAAGAUCCAGUGAAUAAGAGUAAUGGAAUGAAGGAAGAUUGCGAUAUUGUUGAUAUUACCGACGAUAUUGGGUUGGAUGAUGUAUCAGUUCGAAAAGCUUUCGAAUCGGGUAUUGAUUUACGACAGUAUUCCGCGGAAUUGCAGGAACAACUUCGAUCAGCUCAUUUACUUGCCGUGAAAGACUGUAUUGAUCAAGCGGAGAAACUUGCUGAAUUACAUGAAGAAAUCACCGCAUGCGACGAUGCAUUUGCUCAAUUGGAAGAGAUGCUUCGAGGUUUUCAAUCAGAACUGGGUACUAUCAGUUCAGACAUGAAAAGACUGCAACAACAAUCAAUCGAUAUCAGUCAACAGCUGCAGAAUCGACAAAAAAUUCGGGGAGAAUUAAGCCAAUUUGUUGAUGAUAUGGUUGUAUCACAAAAUAUGAUACAAACAAUCGUUGAACGAGACGUUGGCGAACGUGAAUUUCUUGAGCAACUCCACGAACUUCAACAUAAGCUGCAGUUCCUGAAGACACAAGAAUUCCGUGACGCAAAAGCUACUUCUGAUGUGCAUGAUGUUGUCGAAAAUUUAAAAUACAAGGCAAUGGCAAAGAUAAGAGAGUGGCUACUUUUGAAGAUUUCAUCUUUUAAAAAACCGCUAACGAAUUAUCAAAUUCCACAAGGAGCACUUCUUAAAAAUCGAUUCUUUUACGAAUUUUUGUUGGCAAAUGACAGGCAUUUGGCUCGAGAGAUUCGGGAUGAAUAUGUUGAUGUCAUCAGUAAAAUGCUUUUCACUUACUUCAAAACAUACGCAUCCAGAUUGUUCCGUUUGCUGCUAACUGAUGUAGCGACCAAAGAUGACCUUUUGGGCGUAGAAAAUACGGUGAAGACAUCCAGUCUUUUUAGCUUAAAAUCUCAGAUACGAAAUCGAGCAACCGUUUUUUCUCUGGGUAAUCGAGAUGCUUUGUUAUCAUCUGAUUUGAUGUCCCCGCUUAUUGUACCGCAUGUAGCACAACAGGCAAAUGAACGGUUCCAAUUUGAGAAUUUAUUUCGAAGUCUGCAAUUUGCAUUUGUGGAUCACUCCUCACACGAAUAUCUUUUUGUAUCGGAUUUUUUCAUGAUCAAUGGGCAGACUUCUUUUGACCUUUUUAGCGAAAUUAUAAUGCGUACGAUAACAACCUUAUUGAAAUCAUGCGAAGAGCAUAUAUCUUCUAAUUAUGAUGCUAUAUCACUGUAUAUAUGCAUUGGUCUCUGUUCAAAAUAUAAAGAAUUAAUGAUUGAACGAGGAGUUCCAGCUUUGGAGAGUUAUUGGGAGACAUUGAACUGUACGUUGUGGCAUCGUUUUGAUGUUGUCAUGGGAUUCCAUAAUUCGAGCUUACAUGAUUUUGAUGUGCAUAAAAUGCAACUACAACAAUUGCAACCAGACACUCAUCCACAUUACGUUAUAAGACGUUACGCGGAGUUCACAUCUGCAUUACUGAUUUGCAGUCAGACAUCGAUGCAACGAAUUGAUCUAAAAUUACAGGUUUAUUUGAGUAAGCAACAAGCUGAGAUCGAAAAUUUCCUAACUCGUAUUGCGGAACAAUUAACUCCUCGCGUACAGCAGUUGGUCUGUCUCAUCAAUAACUAUGAUUUAAUUCUCAGUGUUCUUGAGGAACGAGUGACAUUCGAUUCAAAAGAAAAAUCAUCAUUCUGGGAAUUGAAACAGAAUCAUAUCAACGAAUACGUUUUACUGAUGCUUCGACCCCAUUUCGGUGAUCUGAUGUCAUUUGUCACUGAAUGUGAACCACUGAUUGAACAAGGCCACAAGCAGCUUUUAAUUCGUUAUUCAGAUAAUGUAACAAAAAUUGUGCGCAGUUUUUGUGCUAAUUGGAAGAAAUCGAUAGACGCGAUAAACAACGAAAUUGUUCGAUCAUUUACAAAUUUUAAAAAUGGUACUAACAUCUUACAGGUAACAUUCACACAAAUUGUUCAAUAUUAUCAUCGAUUUAGCAAAGUAUUAUCGCAUGAAGUAUUUGCAGAAAAUGCUGUCCUAAAGGAGCUAGUCAAUAUUCAUCAUAUUAUGGUAGAAAUAAAAAAGUACAAGCCGGUGUACUAA